AAUGUCGCAACUCACGGACCUGAAAGCUUAUGUUAGCUACGCACUCGACUGCACCCGGUUGCGCCUGGUGCGGGACGAAGCGGAUGUAGAAAACGAGGAACUGGUCUUCGCACCGGAGAUGGCCCAUCAAAUUUUCGGUGAAUCGGAAAGUAUCUUUGGCUACCGGGAUUUGAAGAUUGAAAUAAUGGCCUCGGCUGGCCCACUGGAUCUGUACUUCGACAUUAGCUACACGAAGAAGGUGGAGGAACUGCAAACGGAGGGUUUGAAGGCGGACGAUGUCGAAAAGUCACUGGCGGACAUGGUGGAGAACGGUAGCUACUACACAAAUCUGGACGAGUUCAAGCGCGUCCAUGCUUCGAAAGCGCCCACAUUCCGGCCGCUCGGUACAAAGGUGGACGAGUUUAAGUUUCAGCUGGACGGUAAGGGCAGUGGAGCGCGCACUUUUGAGGUGUAUGUGGCCAGUGCGGAAGAUGCCGAGUACAUGAAGUUCCACACGCGUCUCGAGAUGUUCUCGUUCUGGUACAUUGAUGGCUUUAGCCGAGUUGAAAUCGAUCCGCUCUGGCUAUUCUUUACCGUGUACGAGCGCUACGAAACGGACAACAACAACGAAUCAGCGGCAAAUGACUCGUCGAACGUUCGAUACGCCACCGUUGGGUACGUGAGCGUGUACCAGUACUACUCCUACCCAAAUAAGGUUCGGCCAAGGGUUAGCCAGAUUUUGAUUCUUCCACCAUUCCAGAAGCUAGGCAUCGCAACACGAUUGAUCAAGCAUACCACUUACGAGUAUUUCCGUAAGAUGGACAACAUUACGGACAUUACGUUCGAGGAACCGAUCGAAGCAAUCCAGCACAUACGGUCGGUGGUGGACGCCAAGCGUUGCAAAGAGUUGCCCGCUUUCGCAGUGGACAAGCUGCGCGCCGGAUUUUCGAAGGACAUGCUGCAUCAGGCACGCGAAACCUACCUCAUCAAUCCGAAGCAAUGCCGUGUGGUGUACGAAAUACUGCGGCUGGGCGUCACCGAUACGGAUAACGCAGAACAGUAUCGUGCAUACCGCAUCGAGGUGAAGAAACGGCUCAACAUGAACUACAGCCGCCACCGGCGUGAUUUGGCCCGGGCCAAGAAGCGGGGUGUAGACGUCACGGUUGCCAUGUGCGGCCUGCCCAGCGUUUCCGAGCGCAUUGAAUCACUGAACGCGGAGUAUAAGGCGGUAGAAGAGAUCUAUGGGCUGGUGUUGCAGAAGCUGUUGGCCGAGGCUUAG